AAACAAACUCGCAGAGGUGGGGGAGAUUAAGAGCGCGUUCGGCAGCUUCAGGUAUCGGAUCGCUUAUCCUCGUCGUCUUCGUUGCAGAGAUCGUGAUCUGUUAUCGCGGGAGCCAACUCUCCCGGUCCCGAUCUGCAAGAGGAGCGAUGGAUCGGAAUCAGCCUACGGGAGAAAAUUAUGCAAAUCCAAAAACAUGUUUUUUUCACGUUCUAUUUAAGGCUGCAGCACUGGCAUUUUACAUUCUAUCGGCACUGUUUGUGAGCAGCUUUGUCAUCAUAUUUGUUAUUACAGUGCUUCUAUCUGCACUUGAUUUCUGGGUAGUUAAGAAUGUCAGUGGGCGAAUAUUGGUUGGACUUCGAUGGUGGAAUGAAAUAAAUGAGCAAGGCGAGAGUGUCUGGAGAUUCGAAAGUCUUGAUCAAGAGUCUUUAGCACGAAUGAAUAAGAAGGACUCGUGGCUUUUCUGGUGGACUUUGUACCUCACAGCGGUUGCUUGGAUCUUCCUUGGUAUUUUUUCACUGAUACGGUUCCAAGCUGAUUAUGUUCUUGCCAUUGGAGUAUGUUUGAGUUUAAGCCUUGCCAAUAUUAUAGGAUUUACUAAAUGCCGCAAAGAUGCUAAGAAACAACUUCAAGCAUUUGCAUCGCAAACAAUUGCUUCUCGUGUAUCCUCAACAAUACAAUCGGCAUUCAGUGUGGUUUAGGUUUGUCAGCAAAUGCCAAGAGCACGUCAGAUGGUGUUAAGGUUGAUAGGCUUUCCAGCUUGCUGGGUCUUUUGUACUCUGCAGCAUCUUUGUGCACUCUACAAUCUACAUUAAUCAGAUGUAACUGAAAUCAUUAGUGUAAGAAUCAGAUCCCACCAACCCUCUACGGUUCUUUUGUAUGAAAGAGUGAAGUUGUAGUCAUGCAAUAUGCACAGUUUGUAUGCUUGUAAUUUCUUGUACCGUUAUGACAGUUUCACAGAAAGAGUGAAAAUGAACAACAGAUAGUGGUUUGUUUCUC